GACUCUUCAAACUUCAAACACACAACCACAAUCUUCUUCAUAUCGAUACCCCAUCUCUCUCACACACUGCAAUUCUCUCAGCCAUCUCUGCUGCCUUGUCUCUUUGUUGGAUGCUCUUGUCUGUUUGAGAGUGUGCAACUCUUCUCCUAUCGAUCACCACCCCAGCUGCCGGAUAUGUCGACUUCUUCGGUUAGUAAAGGCCUCAAGCCAUCGUCGUCGGUUGCCUUGCGAAUGGAAGAAGAGGCCAAGGUUGCAGAGCAGCAGGGGAUACGAUCCAUUCUUGGGUCUGACGACCAACCACCCAAGACCGCCCCGUCGUUGAGAAGGACUCUAUCGGCGGACAUGUCUUCUAAGUCCUGGUUGGCUCAACAUGGGUUCUCCCAUUUGAAGAAGACUGCAUCUUCUGAAGGGUUCCUUGUUGCAUCGUCCAUCAUUGAUUCGUCUUCUUCUUCUGCUUCUGAGGAAGAUGAUGAUGAAGAAAGUAAGAAAGAGCUUCAAAGUGGAGGCCAAUUCGAUAUCUGGAACUCAAUCCAAUCCGAACAAGCGAAGAAAGACCUUGAAAGGCCCGGGCAGUUCGAUAUCUGGAGCUCUAUUCUAUCACAGAAGUCUGAUAAUGGUUUAAACGCUUCAGCUCCCUAUGUCCAUCCGCUUGUGAAAAGAUCUACGAGCUCGUUAAGUGAGAAGAGUCUGGAGAUUUGCACGGAGAGUCUGGGAUCUGAGACGGGCUCUGAUGGGUUUUCCUCCCACCCACCAUCGGAGUCCAGCGAUGUCGAAGAGAACCCAGAAGAGGAAACAGCUGUAGAAGAAGAAGAAGAACAUCGAACCCCGGUUGACGAAUCGGAAACUGUAGAUAAAGAUGAAUUCGGAGCUGUAAAUUACAAUUUUUCCAUUAGGAAAUCACCCCCUCGAUCAUUCCCUCCCCCGCUGCCAUCUCUUUCUCGUCGGGAUGGGCCGUCCGUUUACAUGCGACCUCAUCGCAGAGACGGCCGGUUAGUCCUCGAGGCCGUCCCCAUCGUUUCACACAACUACUUUCGUGCCGAGCGCCAAGAUGGGCGUCUUCUCCUCAGCUUCACCAACAACACACCCCAUGAAUCACCGUCGACGGACGUGUACAACGACAACGAAGAGAUGAAUUUAGAAGAAGAGCAAGAAUUGAGAUCAGAAGAACACGAAGAAGAAGAAAAGGAAGAUGAAACAAAGGAGAUUGAUGACGUAGAAGAAUCCAAAACAGAAGAAGAGAUUGAGAGGGUCGAGGAGGAAGUGAGGGACAGGGGAAUUGUGAUGGAGGUGAAGAUCAGUCAUGUCCCACCGAGGCUGUCAACUACUGGAGUGAUGAACAUGCACAGGUCAACGCUUGUUAUGAAUAAGCUCGUGGCUUUGACUAAUAAGAACCCAACGUGGUCUCACAAGAAAGGAAGGAUUAUUGACUUAGAACAGGAGGUGGAGCCAACUCCUCCAGUACCACAGUCACUCCAGCCACCCCCAAGGGUGGCGCGGCUGAUACCAACACCAGCAGCGGCGGUGGCAGCUUCAUUCAAUCCUUACGACUACUGCUGGCGGACCAAGCCGGCGGCAAAACCAACCAUCCAUCCGUUAUCAAAACCACCACCAUCACCCGUGAGCAACAACAACAAAAACAAAUUCUUUCUGUACAAGAACUACAAGCCCAACGAGCAGCCACAGAUGGUGCUCAUGAGGGGCAACAAGGGAGACUACUUACUUCCCAUCUUGGCGGGUUGCAAGGAGACUCGAAGGUCACUUUUGAUGUGGGAGCCCUAUUGCAUUGCCAUCUCUUAAUCAUCCAGAGACUGAUCCAUUGUUAUUAGCUAUUAUUAUUACCCUUUUUCUCUCUCUCUCUCUCUGUGUCCAGUCAAUACUAUUUCAACAUUUU